UUCCACGGAUACAAGUUGUUAUAAGAUAACACCGUGUUAAACGCGAUAGGUGGAAACUUUAGUGGGUUACAAUUUAUGCAAUAUUUUCCUUGACUUCAAAAUUCCUGAGCUCACAAAUAGGAAAUAAAAGUAAGAUAGUAGUCAAGAGCGUUUUGGGUGGUUUAUAAAGCAGGCAUCGAUAAUGAAAGAAGAAUUGAUAUAGUGGCUACACGGUUACACCAGCGUGCCAGCGUUUUUCACCAAAAAUAAAAAUUUGCUUUCUUUCAAAAUCUAUUUUAUUGAUUCGGAAAUUACUAAAUCGAGCGAAAUCUGUAACUUAAUUCUUCUCAUCCAAGAAUCCCUCAGGUUACUAAAAAUGAAAUUAUAAUAAAAUGGUCAUUUGCUUGUGAGAGCCUGUUAAAUGAAGGUAAUAAGUUUUGGAGAAGAGGAGUGGUACUUACGAUCGUUGUUUCAGAAUUUAAGCCUAUGGUUAAAAUGGGAUAAGUUAUCCCGGAUAACCAGUGCUUACCAGAAGUUACACUUAUGACGUAAGGGUGGCAGACGAACUUACUUGUGAUAUUAUCAUGGUAUUAGUGAGACGUCAGUAUGACAAAGCAGUAAUAUUGAGUUUGAAGGAAAUCCAAAAGAAUGCUACCUGGAAUCGGGAUAUUUAUCAGUGCUGGCACAGUCAUGAAAGUUUUGGUUCCAUAUUUACGAGCCAAAGGCUUCAAAGUGGAUUCUGUUUGGGCCCAGACUCAAGAGGCAGCUAGAGAUGCAGCAGAGGAACUUGAAAUUCCAUUUUUUACAAGCAAGGUUGAUGAUGUGCUACUGAAAAGAGAAGUGGACUUAAUUAUUAUCAUGUGCCCGCCAAUCCUUCAUGCCCAGAUUGCUGUUAAAGCUCUCGGAAUUGGCAAGCAUGUUCUUUGUGACAAACCUGGAGGACUAACCCAAAGUGAGACACUUAAAAUGGUCCAUGCAGCACAAUACUACCCAUCACUCAUCUCAGUAAUGGCCUAUAGCCUCAGAUUUUUGCCUUCAUUUCAGUAUGUACGAAGUGUCAUUAAUGAUAAACUUAUUGGUGAAGUCAAUUACUGUGACAUUCAUGUUCAGCUUGGAUCCCUCAUCAACCAAAAAAACUAUGAUUGGACUUGUGAGGAAGGCAUGGGAGGAGGUGUGUUGACCAUGAUUGGCUCACAUAUUAUUGACGUCAUAAGUGCAGUUAUCAGGCAACGUGCUACGCGUGUUCAUGGCGUUACUCGAAGAGGACUCGCCGUUACCGGAGAAAUGAGCAUCCGGCGGAUCACAAGUGAUCGUUUUGCCUCAUUUAACAUGGAAAUGAACGGUGGUGCGCUGGUUGCAGUUACACUUAACAGUCAAGAAGGUUUGAAGAACUUUGACAUAAGCUUUUCUGUUACUGGUUCACAAGGAUUCAUCACCUACCGAAGUGAUCCAUCUGGUGGAACUGUGACUGGUCAAAGCAGGGUGGUCCCUAAUGCAGAAAUCUUCCAUACAGACACUGAUGAAUUAUCGUUUCUUCCCUCUUCAAUCGUAAAUAAUGCACCUAUUCAACCUCAUCAAAGGCCAUAUAUUAAUGGACUUUUUCGAAUGGUUUCUGCUCUAAGAGAUGCCUUUUCUCGCGUGGAAGAUCGCAGUGGAUGGAUUAAAGACGCUGUUUCUUCUGCUGCCACGUUUGAAGAUGGACAAUACGUCAUGGCUGUCAUUGAAGCUGUUAAAAGAUCUAGCAAAAUGCGUGAAUGGUCAGAAGUUUCCAUCAUUUACGAAGAACCUGAUCCCAAUCCGGUUUUAAGUGCCGCGGUCCGCAGGUCUACGAUAGCCGCUGUUUAAAACAAACCAAUAUUCAUUCCAAUAUUAUAACAUAAAAAAAAAUGUGGAAUUACUUAUGGAAACGAACGUGACCCUAAUUUGUUUUUAUGAUAACUUACCGCAUGAUGACCUGGUCAUGUCAACUCACAAACUUCAACUGUACAGCAUACAAUUAUUUAUUGUAUUUCUAUGAAUAGAUGACAGGCUUCUACGGAAA